AGAGAGAGAAAGAGAGAGAGAAGUGGGUUUAGCUGGUCAGCACUGACCUCCGAUGUUUCUCGGCAGGAACCAAUACAAAAAAAAAAAUAAUAAAUAAUAUUAAUACAAUGAAUCUUCUCCUCCAUCCUAAAAUUAACAAAGCAGUGUGAGAAAUAAAUAAAUAAAAUAUAAAGUAUUUUGAUGCCUGUAACUAAUUUUGUGGAGAUCUGUUCGUGAGAUUGCCAAUUUCUGCUGCUUAUCCAUUCAUCCUCUUCUUCUUCCUGCUUCUCGUCCUGCCUGCCUGCACUGCAAGGGGGGGGAAAGCUGAUGUGCGAUUGUUGGAUUGGAUGAAUAUAUAAUAAUUGUAUUGUAUUGUUUCAUGGGCAACACAUGCCGUGGAUCUUUGAAAGGAAAAUAUAUUCAGGGCUUCACCCAGCCCGAAGACAAUUCCAAGCGCAGCACCAAUCAUUCUGACCGCUCCUCCGACUCAGAAAAUACCAAUUCCAAUUCCAAUCCAGAAAACAUCGAUACAAAUAAUAAUAGUAACAACAACAACAACAACAACAACAACAAACCCUUCAAUCUCAAGAAAGAAGCCAUCAUGCGUCGCGGCCUCGAUAACCAAUCAUAUUAUGUCUUGGGUCAUAAGACUCCCAACAUUCGUGAUCUCUACACUCUUGGCCGUAAAUUGGGACAGGGACAAUUUGGCACCACUUAUUUAUGCACUGACAAUUCCACCUCCAUUGAAUAUGCUUGCAAAUCCAUCUCUAAGAGGAAGUUGAUUUCCAAGGAGGAUGUUGAGGACGUUAGAAGGGAAAUUCAGAUCAUGCAUCAUUUAGCUGGUCAUAACAACAUUGUCACCAUCAAGGGUGCUUAUGAGGAUCCCCUCUAUGUUCAUAUUGUCAUGGAGCUUUGUUCUGGGGGUGAGUUGUUUGAUCGCAUCAUCCAGAGGGGCCACUAUUCCGAAAGGAAGGCUGCCGAGUUGACCAAAAUUAUUGUUGGAGUUGUUGAGGCUUGUCAUUCCCUUGGGGUUAUGCAUAGAGAUCUCAAGCCUGAAAACUUUUUGCUCGUCAAUAAAGAUGAUGAUUUCUCUCUUAAAGCCAUUGACUUUGGCCUCUCUGUUUUCUUCAAACCAGGUCAAGUUUUCACUGAUGUAGUUGGCAGCCCGUACUAUGUUGCUCCUGAGGUUCUCCUCAAGCAUUACGGGCCCGAAGCUGAUGUGUGGACUGCGGGUGUCAUACUGUACAUAUUGCUGAGUGGCGUGCCUCCAUUUUGGGCAGAAACCCAGCAGGGUAUAUUUGAUGCAGUAUUGAAGGGACAUAUAGAUUUUGACUCAGAUCCAUGGCCUCUAAUAUCUGAUAGUGCAAAAGAUUUGAUUAGAAAGAUGUUGUGCUCUCGGCCUUCAGAACGGUUAACUGCUCAUGAAGUCUUGUGUCAUCCUUGGAUAUGUGAAAAUGGAGUUGCCCCUGACAGAGCACUAGACCCUGCUGUUCUUUCCCGUCUCAAACAGUUUUCUGCAAUGAAUAAGCUAAAGAAGAUGGCUUUACGGGUAAUUGCUGAAAGUCUAUCCGAAGAGGAGAUAGCUGGUUUGAGAGAAAUGUUUACAUCUAUGGAUACUGAUAAUAGCGGUGCAAUCACUUUUGAUGAACUCAAAGCUGGUCUAAGAAGAUAUGGGUCUACCCUUAAGGAUAUAGAAAUACGUGAUCUUAUGGAAGCGGCUGAUGUAGACAAUAGCGGAACCAUAGAUUAUGGGGAGUUUAUUGCUGCAACAGUUCAUCUCAACAAACUUGAGCGUGAGGAACAUCUCAUUGCAGCAUUCCAAUAUUUUGACAAGGACGGGAGUGGUUAUAUUACAGUUGAUGAACUCCAACAAGCUUGUGCAGAACAUAACAUGACUGAUGUCUUUCUUGAAGAUAUUAUUAGGGAAGUUGAUCAAGAUAAUGAUGGAAGGAUCGAUUAUGGUGAAUUUGCUGCCAUGAUGCAAAAAGGAAAUGCUGGAAUUGGUAGGAGGACUAUGCGCAACAGUCUGAAUUUGAGCAUGAGAGAUGCACCUAGUGCUCAUUAGCUUUCCAUUGUGCUCAGCAUGUGCAGGUUGUAUGCAGCAAAGCCAGAAAGAGGAAAGUAAAGCUUAAACAUAUACAAAAUAUUGUUUCCUGUCGUGGUAAUGCGCAUGAAAAAAAAAUCAGGAUUGUGGAUUCUCUCCAUAAGCUCUGAUCAAGUGUUACAUUUGUGCUGUGUGACUGAAAAGUGUUUGUCUCUUUGUAAACUGAAGUGUUAAAAGUGUUGCAGCUAUUGCGAGUUUGUCUGUUACGUUUCAGUGCUUUCGCGUAGGGGCAUUCUGUUUAUAGUUGAAGUAGAAGGAUUUUGAUAUUUCAGGUUCUGAUUUUACGGAUGUAAAGCUUCACGCGUAUGGACAUUAUGUAUUGGGCGAACUAAAAAAAAAACUGCACGAGCAGAUGAAUUGUGUUUGACAUUUGAAGUUGAAGCAUGUUAAAAUA